CAAAUGAAACUGCUUUCGUUGGCGAAAGUAAAAGAAAGCACUUCUGCAAGCAAUGAAGUGUAAAAUCAGUGCCAAAUAGUGUGGAUUUAUUAUCCGCCAGUAUUGGGAAAUGCACGUACAGCAUGAAAUCAGUGCGGUGAAGUAGUAAUCUGUGUUUAUGUGUUCCGUGCCACCAUUCCAGCAGCUCCAAUUUGCGGUAUGUCCAGGUUGAUUCACGAUGCAAGCGACGAGGGCGUUCAAGCGGUGCCUGGUUCCGGGAUGGAGGAACAUAAUUCUCGCUCCGGUCAAACAUGGCACCAGCUGUUGCUGCAUCCAUCACCGUCAUCGUCGCAGUUGUCUUAUGUUUCGGAAAUGCCAAUCGAAGGUGGCAGCCACCCGUCCACGCCCAGGCAAACGCGGCACGGUAUUUUCGGUGAGCAGGACGAAAGUGCCACCAACUACGAUUCGGGAAACUUUUCCUUCUCCGAACCAGGCGCUGCUAGGGAAAAGCCCACCCCCGUCCUCGGAUGUACAGGUGGCGGCGAUCUGCAUCAGCGCUUCGUGCAACUAAAUACGGAGUUGUACCAGACCAAGACGGAGCUGUUGGCGUACAAGUACAAAUGGAACGAAAUACGUAAUGAAAUCGAGCUGAGCUGGAGUAAAAAGCUAGAUAAGCUUUCGGAUGAAAAAAAUUAUUUGCUAUCGGAGUUGGAGGCGGUACGUAAGGAAAUAGCACGCCUCAAGGAAGCACCCGUGGAUCCAAACGGUCGUGAAUUGUUACGUAUCCGUUCGGAGCUACGUGAUAUAACGAUUCGUCUCGAGUGUAAAGAAAAGGCAAAUGAGUAUCUUAAGCAAAAAAUUGCAGAACAGCACGUAGAAAAGGAAAACCUUUGCCUGAGGGUCAAGAAUCUGGAACAAAUGGGUUGCGAAGAACAUAGCGAGAUGUGUCGGGUGAAAGCAUCGGAACGGUGGUUUCGGGAGGAGUUACAUCGGUGCCAAAAUGAGAAUGCCAAAUUGAAAGAAUCGUACGCUACUUUGGACAAUCUUCUUAGCAAGGAGCGGUGUGAACGAGGAGCUCUUAUUGAAGCUGCAAAGAACGAAACUCGCCAAACGUUGGUGGAGAAUAAUAAAUUAUUUUCUAUUAUAGAGCAAACCAAUGCCACCAACGAACAAGCCAAAGAGAAGAAGGAAUAUGACAAAAAGCAACUGGAAAGCGAAAUUGCUCUUUUUAAGGACGCACACUUUCGUCGGGAGACCACUUUGCUCGAAAAAAACGCAUUGCUCGAAAAGCAGAACGUUGAACUGCAAACCGUUGUCCGGGAACUUCAACAAACGCUCGAAGAUCAGCAACUUCAUGCGAAAACACUCGCAGUGAAGGAGAAGGAAGCGCUAGAAGAAAUUCGACGGCUACGUGAAGGACCGUUAAGGGACGAAGCUGUUGCGACUGUGGAACGCUAUCGAACCGAAAUCGAAACACUUAGUGCGCAGCUGGCGUUGGAGAGCUUCAACAAGCGACAGAUAGAUGUCAGUGUGGAGCAGCUGAAAGCGCAGGUGAAAGUUUUGUCGAUAAACUUGGCAUCCCGCCCUUGCCAACGGUCUCCGGCUGUGGAGGAAUGUGAACUGGGCACGCUGCGUCAACGUAAUCGCGAGCUGGAGGAACAAUGUAACCGGCUGGUCAGUGAAAAGCAGCACCUGGAGAGUGAUCUGGCCAUGUGUAGCGAGCGCGCGAAGCAACAUUACAAUCAAUUGCUGCUUGGAAACAUUAGAAGUAUUCAAUCGAAGAACUUGGACUUAGAGUUGAAAUUAGGUCAGUGUGUUACUGCGGGUGGCAAGAGUGACGAGCCUUCCGGGGAGCAACGGGGAGAUGACAUGGCUCGACGGAGUGCCGAAACUAUCAGGAAAUUGGCAAAGGAUAUCAACGAGCUCGAACAGAAAGUUAUGGAACAACAGCGAGAAGACAAUGGGAAGGAUAAAAAUGGCAAGAAAUCAAGAUCGCUUUGUCCAAAACAUGGUCCACUUUGUCGUCAUAAUGUCCUCAAACAUACUGCGCAGGAGGACGACGAUGAUGAAAUGCGGAAUCUACGCUUAUGGCUGAAGGCGAUCGAGAGUGAAAAUCGUCGCCGUUUGCAACGUUACGAGAUAAACAAUCGUACCUUGUUGCAGAAAGUAAAAGAACACGCUCGAGAACGGAACCAGGCAAAGCAGCGGGUGGAGGAGCUGGAGAACGAACAUGGCAAGUGCACCAAGCUACGCUGCGAAAUGGCAUCGGCACGUGAGCGAUGCCUUCUGCUCGAAGCCGAUCUGGCUACGGCCAAACAGGAGGCCACCACACUGCGCACCGAAAAGGAACGAUUGAUUUUCCUGCUCCAGAACAACUGCCUUCUAACGUCCGAUGGAGACGUUUGGGGUUCGCUGAGGAGCGUUUUCAAAGAGUUGCGUGACCUACAGCAGGUACACAAGGAAAACAAAUACCUUCAACAGCAACUUGAGGCCGAGGGACGCAAGAUUGAACUGCUAGAACAGACCGCUGCAGACUGGAAAUUGGCCGCCGAAGUACAAACGUCCGAAGCGGACGAGCUACGUUCGGAGUUGACCGUCAAAACGUUGCAGCUGGAAGACUCGCAGCGUACGAUCGAUCAAUUGGUUGGAGAAAACUCGUCCCUUCAGCAGUCGGCCUCGGUCGCUGGGGAGAACGAGAAGGAUCUGACUGAGAAGCUUUCCGAGCUUAAUCGGUUGGUGCGGAUCCAGGAAAUCCGACUCGAGACGGCGCACGAGCGCCUAAAGUUGUAUCAGGAAUCGGAGCGUAUCCUAGCGGCAUCAAAGGAUAGAUUUUUCAACGAUCUUCAAUCGCUACAGGACGCCAUACUGGUGGAGAAACAAGAGAAAUAUGAACUUGAGGAAGAGGUGCGUGAGCUUCGGCAGAAUAUGGUCAACGCGGUUGGAAACAGCUUACAGAAUUUCCACCCAACUGAUAGUUCUAACGGCGGAAGUGGGCAACAGUCGGCAAGCAUAAUUAGCCCUGAUCCUCAGUCGCUUCCUUUGUCUCCUUCCAGUUUGGAUAUAGAUCAUCUGCGCGCACUGGUUGAGGAGAGCUCGCGGAAAAGAUAUUCCCUCCAACCGCUGCACGAAUGCGUUUCUUCGUUGAAACUAGAAAUGGACCAUCUUAACUCCGUUUUACAAAUCGGAGACGGAGCGGUACAGCAGCAGCAGCAUCAGCAACAGCAACAUCAGCAGCAGCCACGGUUUCCAUUGUCGCUGCUGGACGAACUGAACGAUGCCACAAAUGGCCAUUAUGGAAGUAGAUGAGUGUAGGGGUAAAGUGGCCGGAAAUGUGCCCAAUUACUUGCACCGACCGCAGAACCGACACAGAUUUGUAAAUCAUGAAUGUCAUAUAUUGUUAAGAUUAUAACCAUUGAGAUAGUUUUAAAUAAUGUUUUUCGCUUACCUUCCGCUUAUGACUUGUACAUUACGGGUUGUAAAUUUGAAUGUCAAUCUUCUAGUCGAUCGAAGUACUUUGGAGUUUUAUUUUGACUGGGUACAUAAUUGGUUCUAGAAUUAUUCCCAUUAUUGGAAAAGAAGCAAAGGUUUUCUAAAGAUGGAAAUAAUUUUCUAUCAAAAAGUGUAUUACUGCGAACAUUCCUUGAAUAAAUGUUGCUGUUUCAAAUUUA